ACGCAGAGGUUGCCUAGGUUACUUGUGUUCCCCUUUGUCUAUGUUGGUAAGAACAACAAAUGGCUGUAUGUAAACGUGCACUAUGACUAAUGCAGUGUGUGAAAUGAGUUGUCUAUGCUACUUAUAAAUGGUGGGGAAGUACAAUCCGAGUCCAGUGCAUCAGUUAUAUUUCCUUUAGCUGCUGUGUUUGCAGGCAUGCUGGUGAACUGACCGCACAUGUUGAAUAUGAUGAGGAUGAACGCUGUGGAAAUGGUCUUCUUAGGUGACUCGAUUGAGACUAAUGCCUGUAGGUGGCAACCAUACCUCAUCAACAACUGAGUCACACACGGUCGCGUACUAACGCACGCACGCACGCAUACACACGCAGACAUCAGCUGUGGGCUUUGUGCGUUUAUGCCAUUGAUCCCUGAUAAUUGACGACCGCUGGGUGAUUUAAAUAAGCAGAUGGACAAUCAGGCAGAGUGGUCAGAGUUGAAGUGGUCGCAGAGCAGCACAGGAACACGAUCACGCCUCCACAGACGCGCACCCACGUCCACUUACUUUGACUGACCCACGCACACAUACACACACGUGACUCGGACACGGCUGCACGCACUCAAACACGCGUGCGUUUCAGAGAGCCGUAGCUUGAGACUGUGAUUUCAACGUGUUCGCUAUUCAAGUCAUGGACUGCAGAGAGCGGGGGAGCCAUUAGGAGCCUGUGGCAGAAAGAACCCGCUUUAUGUGCAACACACGGAUGAUGCUGGUGCCGCGUUCCACGCCGCCAGGAUCAGACACCUUCUCUCCCUGACACGUAGGAUUAUUACUAAUAGCUGCGCUUAUGUAAUCAAUGACAGCGAGGCUGUCUUUUUAGGAGGGGAACAGCAUCUCCUGGAUUGUUUCCUUUACCCCUGAUAGAAAAUGCCGUGUACCAUAUGCUCUGCGAUUUUUGGAGCAGCCUAUGACAAGCCAUUUGUCCUGAUGCGGCGCGUGUGAUGGUUGCAGUGGGACGGAUAUUCUUAAUUUUGUCCAAUAGGCGUUCUUAGAUUUUUUCCUAUUCUUUCUUUCUUUCUUCUUUGUAGGACGCUCCUGUACUUGUAUCAGCAAUGCUGUAAAUAAGCAGCCAGCGAUUGCCGUCUAUUGAUGCCGUCUCCUGUCUGGCGUCUAUACUGAUCUGCAUUUGUUUCAAAGAUAUACGGGAAGAAAAAAAAAAAAAAAAACUAGCAAAAAGAAAAAACGGACAAACUUGGGAAUUGACUUUAUCUUUUUCCAUCUCUUGAUAAAUACUGUCUUUCCUGGUAGGUUUUAUUUCCGCUGAUUGUUGAAGAAGAAACCAACGAAGGAAGUCAUUUUUUUGGAUUCACUGCUUUAAAGACUUGAGGGCCUGUACAGAUUUGAUCCCUCAUCAAAAAUCACAGGACAUUCCCCUCCUCAGUCCAGAGGACUAUCUUCCGAGCUCUAGGCAGCCUCCACUGCUGAUCACCUGAGGGGUUUCAUUUCACUUACAUCCGAGGGAAUGGUGGCGGCGCCGCAGAGAGGCGCAACUCUUUCUGAAUGUUUGGUAUUUUUCGCUGGACGAACAUCUUGACUUGUGGUCGAGGCAGACGUGGACUGCAGCAGCCUCCAGUCCCUUUCACAUGGAGAUUUGCGCCUCAAUCGCACUGCACAUCUCGAAAACGGGGAACCGGGCCCUGCUGAUUUUCCCUGCACUGCUCUCAGCCACGAUUCCAUUCAUUCCAGAAAAUGCAAAACACAAACAUCAGAUGAACUAUGAAUGCUGAACACAAUGAUCUCCUCCCUCCAGCGCCAGACAAUGAGAGGUCGUAGGCUGAAGGGGGCGCUCUCCAACCCCCUGUUUGUACUGCUUUUGGCUCUACAGAUCCUGGUCGUGGCUGGGCUGGUCCGCGCUCAGACCUGUCCUUCUGUUUGCUCAUGCAGUAACCAGUUCAGCAAAGUCAUUUGCACCCGUCGUAACCUCCGGGAUGUCCCAGAUGGCAUUUCUACCAACACUCGUUACUUAAACCUACAGGACAACCUCAUCCAGGUCAUUAAGGUGGACAGUUUUAAACAUCUGCGCCAUCUGGAGAUCCUGCAGCUGAGCAAAAACCACAUUCGAAACAUUGAAAUUGGAGCUUUCAAUGGACUGGCCAGUCUGAACACCUUAGAGCUAUUUGAUAAUCGGCUCACGACAAUCCCCAAUGGAGCAUUUGAGUACUUAUCCAAGCUCAAGGAAUUAUGGCUAAGGAACAACCCCAUUGAAAGCAUACCAUCAUAUGCCUUCAACCGGGUUCCUUCUCUUCGACGGCUAGAUCUAGGUGAGCUGAAGCGCCUGUCUUACAUCUCUGAUGGGGCUUUUAAAGACCUAAGCAACCUGAGGUACCUAAAUUUAGGAAUGUGCAACCUUAAGGAGAUUCCUAACAUCUUACCUUUGAUCAAGCUAGAAGAAUUAGAAAUGUCAGGAAACCAGUUGUCCGUUGUCAAGCCCAGCUCAUUCGCAGGAUUGGUUAAUCUCCAGAAGCUGUGGAUGAUGCACGCCCAGAUCCAAAAUAUUGAAAGAAAUUCAUUUGAUGACCUGCAGUCGCUGGUGGAGCUCAACCUGGCCCACAACAACCUCACCUUUCUGCCUCAUGACCUCUUCACACCACUGCAUCGUCUGGAGCGUGUCCAUCUCCAUCACAACCCUUGGAACUGCAACUGUGAUAUACUGUGGCUCAGCUGGUGGUUGAAAGAAACUGUUCCAGCCAACACCAGCUGCUGUGCCCGUUGCCAUACUCCUACAAAUUUUAAGGGCCGCUACAUUGGAGAAUUGGACCACAGCUACUUUCAGUGUGAUGUUCCUGUCAUCCUGGAGCCCCCCAGUGACCUGAAUGUGACAGAAGGCAUGGGUGCAGAGCUUAAAUGCCGUACAAACUCCCUGACGUCCAUCAGCUGGCUCACACCAAACGGUUCAUUGGUGACACAUGGGGCUUACAAGGUGCGUUUGUCUGUGCUCAAUGACGGAACACUGAACUUCACCAGUGUGACCAUGCAGGACACUGGAACUUAUACCUGCAUGGUGAGCAACACAGCAGGCAACAUUUCAGCCUCGGCUGUUCUCAACGUUACUUCUGUGGAAAACAGCGGGGUGACCUAUUUCACCACAGUCACCGUGGAGACUAUUGAAGCCCCUGGUGAAGAAAAUCAAACACUUCCUCCCAUUGGCUGGGUGUCAUCCUCAACAACAAAAGGAACCCCUGUUUCAACCAGAACCACAGAGCGGACUUAUACUAUUCCAGUUGUGGAUCUGGAUAGAGAGGGAGGACUUAACGGCCUGGAUGAAGUGAUGAAAACCACCAAGAUUAUAAUCGGGUGCUUUGUUGCCAUCACCCUCAUGGCAGCUGUUCUGCUGGUGAUUUUCUACAAGAUGAGGAAACAGCAUAACCAGCAGGAUCCUGAUGGCCCUGCCUCCUCUAUGGAGGUCAUAACUGUUGAAGAAGAGCUUGCAGGUGUCGCUGCCAUGGAGCGACACCUGUCGCUGCCCCCACUGGACCACUACAACCACUACAACACCUACAAGAGCACUUACCACCACCCUCCUAUGCUUAGUUCCAUUCACAGCUCAACAACACAGGAACCUUUACUGAUUCAAGCUUGCUCAAAAGACAAUGUGCAAGAAACACAAAUUUGACCUUGUGUUUGACUCAACACCCAGUAUCAGCAUUUCCUACAAAUACACUGGACCAAAACAAUAGGAAAUACACUGUAAAGAAAACAAACAAAAAAAAAUAAACCUUUGAUUUGACAGUGUUGAUGUCAGUGACGACGAUUGGCAAAAGGAUGACUUGAUACUUAACAAGUGUCUUCAAAAAACAAAGAUUAUUUAUUAAAACAUGUCUAUUGACUAAAUGAAGAAAAACAAUUUGUGAUAGCUUUUUAGCUAUUUUUAUUUCUCUAUCUCUUUCUCUGUGUGUAAUACUGCAAAGGGGAAAGAAUGGUUUACUAGAAAUGAGGAUUGACUUCAUGUGUAAAACCAGAUUUUCUUACAGCCCUUGAAGGCAUCAUGAGUAACUUUUCUGAUGUCAACAGGCGUAUUUUUGUUUUUUUGAUUUUUUUUUCAACAACAUACGCUUCCGUUUCGUUCUUUUUCUCCUCUCCGUCUUUCUUUUUAAUCUAAAUAGGAAUAUAUUUUAUUUUGCCAUCUGUGAUAACUUAUCACACUGAUCUUUUUUCAUCUUUGCUGGGGAGACAUUUUAAUGCUCUUCAUGUAAUUUAUUUCAUACCCUUUCUUCCUCCCUAAUUCUUAACCUCCAAGCAUUUGCUUCUCCAUUUCUCACACCCUGCCUGUACUGAAGAAUGGACCCUAAAUUACUUAUACCACAGGAAGAUGGUAAGCAUGUCCUGAAAUGGCUGACGAGAGGAAAAGAAAAUAUUGAAGGCCAACUGUAGACGUUAAGCAACAGCACGUUACCCUUUCUAUUCUGAUGAAACAUAGACCAAUGAACUCUAAAUAAUGUACAUAAUGCAACUGUGUACGGUGUUCCAGGCCAUUUUGAUGUCGAAGAGUUGAGUCUGAAAAUAUCAAAUUUGACAAAGCAGGCGUUUGAGUUUGUUCUUUUCUACUUACAUUCAGAGUCUCAUUAAUUUAAUAUUUGAUUUGGCUAAUAAUAUUUUAUUGCAGACGAACGUGUUGCCACACAUUCAGGGGCAUUGAUUCUCUAGCUGUUGACUAAAUCUUUUCCAUAAUAGCAGAGCUUUAUGAGACGAUGAACAAAAUGGGUUUAUUUUCAUCGCCGUGAUAUUCUAGCUGUCAGUCAAGACAAAAUGAGCUCUUUUAUGACACAGCUCCGGAUGAUAUCACAGUGAAGCCAGCAUGCCCGAGGAGCAAAGCAGGCAAAUGAGAAAACACACAGUUUCUGUUGAACAACAAGACAUACAUCCCUCAUUUUCAUUACGAUUAACCUCCUGAAUCCACUUUUCUCUUAUAUUUUCCGUUAGCUUCUACGUUUAAUAUUUUUUAAAUCUGACUUCCAAUCUACAUUCUGCACUCUACAUUGUCUCUGUCUGCACUCGCUCUGCCUCCCACUGCUCUCUUUUCCUUUUGCUUCUCAAUUUGUCUUUGCACUGACAAGUUCGUAACCCCUUCAUUUCAUCUAAUUUGUCAUAUAUUUCUCAUCAACCUCUACCAUACAUGAGAAUAUUGCAUGGGAAAUAGGAGGAAGGCUCAAGACAGAAGUUUGCAGCCUCUCCAUUAAACCAGCAAUGAUCUCCGUCCACUGGGUGUCAUGAUACCUUGCCAUUACCCCAGGGUCACACCAUCAUUGGUACUGAUAGUCCAUCUGUUAGUACAGAUAAAGAGGCAAAUGAGGCUGCUUUGUAAUGUAGUGUGACCCCGUCGGACUAACACAGGCAGAUCUAAUAUGGCCAGCGAAGCAGCCAAAAACUGGACGAAAAAAUGAAGGGAGGUGGUUUAAAGCUCAUUAAUCUGUAUCAGCAGUUCAUUUGCAGACAGAGAAAAGCUGAUAACAAAACAGCGUGGGACUUUUUUCCACUCUCUCCAAGAUCUAAUGGACAGAAGAGAGCUCUGAUAUUAAAGCAACUCAUUUCAUGCUCAGUCUCGUUUUUCUGAAAGAAGACACGCGCUUUGAUGUUGCAUCAUUUAAACACCAUCAGUACAUUGUCUCCACUGUUUACUCUUGGGUAUGUCAUUUAGUCUUCAGAGGAGAAAAGCCAAAGGAAAGGGCGAGGCGGGGUUGAAAAAGUGAAAAACAGUGGGCAGGGGAAGGAUGCACAACGGUCAUCAGAGGUCUUCAAACAGAGAUAUUGCAGAUUUGAAGAGAGAGGAGUGAAAAAUGGAUAAAGAACACGGAGGCAAAACUACCCAUCAGCCUGUUGCCAAGGAAACAGUGACCUUGUGCAGAAAGUAAGAAGAGGUAGAUUUGCCUUCCACUUUUGUCUCUCUGAAAAAGCAUAUUUUGGCACAUUUAUUGUGUGCUAAUUUUACUGGCAUUUUUAAUAAAGCAACUCAUUUUUAACAGUCUUCACUAACUAACACCCAGUGACAAUAUUGUUGCUAUUGUUGCUUCAUAUAUAUCUUUAAAACUUCAUUGUAAACUUCAAUGACAAGCUGUUUACAGGUUAAUUAGCUUAGCACCUUAGCACAGGCUUUUGUCAGUCAUAACAUUAUUGCUUUAUUAUGUAUGACUGUAUAAGAUUACAGCCAGAAUAUGGUCAAUAAGCCUUUAAUAGGCAUAAUUAAAUCACUGCUUAUUGCUCAGUAGGUUUUCCAUAAUGCAUUAUUUAACAGUACAUUGGGAAUACUAAGGUGAAAAUCAUACAUAAAGAUGUUAUAUUUUGCCCAAAGUGUAAUGGAAAACCAUAAGUUUCUCUUUUAUUUUAAACAUAAACAGGAACUCUCUUUAGAGCCCAUCAUGUUGGAUCAUCAUUUUCUUUCCUAUUUUUGUUUUUUUAAUUAUAAUAGGGCUACUGUAUCUUCUGCAAAGCAAUGGGACAAGAAUGUGAGAAAAUGAAAAAAAAACAUAUUUUACAUGUUACAUAUUAAUGUACAAUGGAUAAUGCACUUCAGUUUGCUUUUAUUUUUGUUUUUUACUGGAUC